AUGAUGCGAUGCUAACAACUUGUUGAUGUCCAUAACAUGGAAGGAAAUUAUUAGUAGGCCAAACAAAAAAAAAAAGAAAAAGAAAACCGAGUUCUUGUGAAGCGCAGAUGCGACCUCAUUUGGCCGGUCGUUGUUGCAUCGAUGAAGCUUCGCUUCAAUGGGAAAGAAAAGGGGGUAGAGAUAGGAUAAUGGCAGAUACAAAAAAGGAGCAGACUGGUGCCCGUCCAUGAGGAGAUUCAAGAUAGUCUCUUACACGGGGAAAGGGAUAAUAGACGCGGAAGCAAAUUCUAUGGGACUGUGCAGCGAUUCCUACGAGGACACAGUUUCAGCUGAAAGUUUGGAAUACCCUGGCGAAGGAAGUCAACGUCAUUAGAAGCAAAAGAGGCAGUACCGGCACAUUCUGGGGGAGACGUAGCUUCUAUUCACUCAAAACAAAGAGAUCCCAAGGGCCAGUUUUCAAAAGUUGCCUGCCGUUGUGACCUUGACGGCUUUGAAUGAGGGGUGGAGGAGUCCGAGGCCGUCCUCGACCUCCAGUGGUCUGUCCGUCUCGUUUCGUAUUCGCUUCACCCUCCGGCUGGCCAGAGACUUGUGGGUGAACCCGUAUAUCUGCAGGAUCUGGUUGUCUCCGAAGUUGAAGGCUCGAUCCAUCUGCUUGAGGCAGCGCUCGACGGGGUAGUCCCCGAAUUUGCCGCAGGGCUUGCAACCGACGAAGUGAGUAACCAGCGGCCAGCGAUGGUCGCCGAGGCCUGGGUGGUAGUUCUCAAUCAUCUCCUCGUAUCGGUCCACCAGAAUGCCCCAGUAGCCGUGCAGAUAGUAGGCGCUCUCCAGGUAGACCUUGUCUCCCCAACGAUCCCUCUGGGUCACAAGCAGGUAUACCAUGGCCGACUGGUCGUCGGCUUCAAACGCCGGGCGGUCCUUGAGGAAGCUGGUCAGAACCUUGCCGGCCUCCUCGCGGACCUUGCCCUUGGGGCCCAUCGGCGCCCACGCAUCAAGGAGGUCGAGAGCCCACUGAGUGUUUCGGAGGAGGAAGCUUCCGGUGUUGAGGCCGAUCCAGUUCUUCUGGUCGUAGAUCAUCUCGUUCCAACCGUGCAUAACGAGGUUGUGGUCCUUGUAGCGCUCCCAGGGGACCUCGAAGGCCAUGUCGGUGAACAUGGCGUCGCUGUCCAUCCACCAGAGGAACUCGACAUCCGGAUGAGACAGGAGAAGCUUUCUGAUGAGGGGGAGCUUAGCCCAGAAUCCGGCCAUCUCCGCGUCGAGCAGGGCCAUGUUGUAGAAAAUGUCGAUCGCGUGGAGGCGGCAGUAGUCGAUCUUGUUCUUGGUGGACUUGA